GUAAUUAUUUGCCACUGCGUAUCGAUAAGAAUUAAAAAUACCAAUCAUUCAUUCAGCUACGCACUAGUUCUUUCCCGGUGCGCAAGGUCGGCUACACAUUUAAAACCAUGGCUGAUGUUGAAGUUGAAGUUCCGGUAAACCCCGUGUUGAGCGGAGGUGCUAUGGAUGUGAACACUGCCCUCCAGGAGGUGCUGAAGACUGCUCUCAUCCAUGGUGGUCUAGUCCAUGGUCUGCAUGAAGCCGCCAAAGCUCUAGACAAGAGAACAGCUGUCCUGUGUGUGUUGGCUGAGAACUGUGAUGAGGCCGCCUACAAAAAACUGGUGCAGGCUCUCUGCAAUGAACACCAGAUCCCACUUGUGAAGGUGGACAACAACAAGAAGCUUGGCGAAUGGGCCGGUCUGUGCAAAAUCGACAAGGACGGCAAAGCCAGGAAGAUCGUUGGGUGCUCGUGCGUCGUCAUCAAGGAUUUCGGUGAGGAGACGCCAGCGCUGGACGUACUCAAAGACUACCUCAAGUCUUCGAGCUAAAUCCUAGGUCUUAAGUUCAAUAAGUAAUAAAAUCCAAAAAAAUUGUA